AAACCUCUGUCAGUAUCAGUACUGAAUACUAAAUGUGGGCCACCAGGCAGAUCCUGACUGAGAGAGCAAGGUUUAGGUGCAAACAAGGAAUCAGGAGUGUGAGAGAAGAGAGCCAAGAAGAAAUAAGGAUAGCUGUGGACAGCAAGAUUUUACAGGCAAUAGCCCAGCGGAUAGCUCUGCGGAUACCGAAUUCUAACGCCUGGCCAUUAUGAGGAGGUCAAAUUAAAUUUCCAGUUUUCAAACCACUGCUUGGAAAACGGAGGAGUCCCUAAGAAAAGAGAACAAGCUCAUUCCUGUGCUGCAAGACUGAACUAGGAGUGAUGGAAAUAGUGACUGGAGGAAGAAUCCUGCAAACCAGCAGCUGCUUUCUCUUCAGCUUUGCAGCACCGCCUGGUGGCCAGAGAACACAAUCCAGUCAAUUCCCUGCAGACUUCAUCUGAUUUGCUGGCGCACUUUCAGCGCAGACAACUUGGCAGCAUCUCUUGCCAAGUUCUUAAAAGUCUCUGCUAAGCAUGCAUAAGCUGCAAUGUUUUGGAGGCUUCCAAUCCAGCCAAGUGUGGGCAGAUUUUCCUGAGGCCGACAAAAGCGAGGUUCCUGCCUAACACCCAAGCGAAGCCCAUCCGCAGCCAAAUUGUAAGCCCUUGCUCCAAAGCACAGAGCAUCCACUUUGGAAUCCUAGAGGAUCCUUUUGGUCACAAAAUGGAAUUGGUUGCUGAGUAUGAGGUGAAGAGUAAUCUCUCAGAUGUUUAGUUCCCUCUGAUUUCUGCCUGGUGUGGAGGAACUUGCUGGCUUUUGUUCUGUGGCAUGAAGUGCAUAGUCACUGGGGGCAAUGUGAAAGCCCUAGGGAAAGCAAUACAUUCCCUUGCCCGUGUUGGAGAUGAAAUCUAUGUCGAGCCACUACAAAAAGGGUUGUCCAUGCGCACAGUCAGUGCAUCUCGCUCUGCUUAUGCGAGCUUCCUCUUUGCCCCACUCUUCUUUCAAAAAUACCAGCCAACAGAAUCAGGAUGUGACCCAGAUACAGAGGCUUUCCGGUGCAAAGUGCACAUGAAGUCUUUCUUGGCUGUUUUCCGUUCACUGCCCUCCCUGGAGAAGACUGUGGAGAAGUGCCUUCUCUCACUAAACUCCCAUGCCAGCCGGUUCCGGGUGCAGCUCCACUGCAAAUAUGGUGUUGUCAAGACCCAUGACUUGCCAUUUCAGGAAUGUGAAUCCUUGCAAGCUGACUUUGACACAGGCCAAUGCGCCCAUGCUCUGCGUGCCCUUCCCAGGUUGUUAGCGGAUGCUGUGGUGCAUUUCCCACUGGCUUUGGCUGAGGUGACUCUGGUUGCCAGCCCAGCGGGGAAGUUGAGCUUGCGCAGUUACUUGGAAGAAGAAACCGAGGCAACCAGGACAAUGGUGACAGAGCUGUGCUUAAACGAGGAUGAGUUUCAGGCCUUCCACAUUAAGCAAGAGACACAAGUCACUUUCUGCCUCAAGGAAUUUCGAGGUCUUCUGAGUUUUGCGGAGUCAUCAAAUCUUCCCCUUAAUAUCCACUUUGACAGUCCUGGCAGGCCCGCUAUCUUUACUUUGGAUGAUGCUGUCCUCCAGGUGCACCUGGUCUUGGCUACCCUUGAAGAACCAGAGAGCUCCAGUUCCCAAAUGACCUCAUGCACUCCGAAGCCCAUUGCCCCUGCAUAUGACUUCACCGGUGAUGACAUUGAUGACUACAUGAUAGCUAUGGAAACAACAUGUGGUGGCCCCGCAGGGACAGAGCCACCUCCCAGCCCCACCUUCCCUAUGGGGCCCACCAGUUCAGAGGCAGAAGAGCCAGGCAGUGAUCACGAGGAGACUGUCCUUGGCACACCACCACAGAAAAGGUUCCGGUCCUUGUUCUUUGGAUCAGUCCUGAGCCAAUCGCAGUCCUUGGCUCACUCCCGGCCCAGCCAAGAGGUGCUGGCAGAAGACAGCGAGGGAGAAUCAUGAGAGACGUCAGCCUUUCCCAUGAGACAUAACUGAAUUUCUUCUUCUAGCAGAGAAAAUUAUUUCAGGCUCAGUGGAUUCUCUUCUGGAUGGCUGCCCAAUCAAACCAAAGAGCUCGCCCUACUCAUAAUUCAGUUUGUAACAUUAACUGAGCAGCUUGUGUAUCAUGGAGAAAAAUGCUGAUGGAGUAGAACCAUACUGAGAGUAUAUUCAAAUAUGUAUGUCAAGACAAUGGUUGCCAUUUGGUUUGUGGCAUACAGAAGUGUAAGUUAACCCUAUACCACUUUAUAUCUACUUUUGUUCUCCGGAAGUUGGUGUUUCCUCCCUCCUACCAUCGUGUCCAAAGCACCCCCACCAUAACAGCCUUCCCCCAACCAUUUCUACCUGAAGGAAAGUAGAAGGAAUCACAGAAGUAUGACUAUGUACCCAUAGCCGUGUAUGAAAUGCUUGCAUCAGUCUCUGAAACCUCCAGGGAUGAUGUAAUCGGUCUUUGUCUGACAGGUGAUACAGAGACUUCUGCAUUUCAGCUGCUCUCCUCUAGGCACAAGGUGGAGGGCAACAGCUCUGUAGUAUCUCUAGGAUUAGUAAAUUGUCUAAUGUAGCGUAAUUCCACACAAGGUAGUACUAAAUUAUGCAGGGUAUUUUCCCCCAAGGAGGAAUAAACAGUGUCUUGGUGUACUAAGUUUUUGACUAAUACUUAUUUUGUAAUAAACAUGUUCCUACCUUUGA